CAGCUCACAGCUCCACUUUGUUGGUUUCAUUCCUAAUAAAAUGUGCAUCAGACAUCUUAGAAUUGCUCUUCUUCUAACUGUGUUUCCUGGAGCGCCACAUGCGCAAAGUGCUGCACAGUCGUGUCAUGCUCCCAAACUGGAUGGUGGUUUCUUUUCCCCAAAGCAAGAGACUUAUUCUGACGGAGCAAAGCUGACCUACGCCUGUGAUGAAGGACUUAAACCAACAGUGAAGGGUUGGUGGGCAACAAGCACAUGCCAAAAUGGAAAAUGGUCUCAUAAACCACAAUGUAUAGAUCAAAACGACUGCUUCCCACCAGAUUUACCCAACGCAAAAUACAAAGAAAACCCAAGUGGCUGGUAUAGGAACGGACAUAGAAUUAGGAUAACAUGUGAUAAUGGAUAUGAACCUAAAAGCCGGCAUGUCAUAGCCACAUGUAUCCGUGGAACAUGGCGCAGUGUGCCGAUCUGUGAGAAACAUGUUGAUGCAUGUGGUGAGCCCCCUAAAAUCCCCCAUGCAGUCAUCAUACAACAGGAAUACCAGGAGGUUUUUGCUCCAGAUUCAGAAGUGCAGUUUGAAUGUGAAGGUGGAUAUACUGUAGAGGAAACAGACACCAAAAACAGCAUCAUGUGCAUUUUUGGAAACUGGACUGAGGGCCCAACGUGCAUAUCCUCCAGCACCUCUGGCUCAAAGGAGAGAGACAGUACAACUCUAAUUACAACAGUUGACAACUGUGGAGCAUAUCCAGUCGUUUCAAAUGGUGAUGUUGUGGAAAAGGAUCAAAAUUUUUUGAAAUAUCAAUGUAAUGCCUUUUACAAACUCGCCGGUUCAGACACUGUGGCGUGUUACAGUGAUGGCAGUUGGUCACAACUACCCAUCUGCAAAGAGGCAUUCUGUGUCCUCGAUCCUGCUGAACACGAUGAAGCCAGUUUUAGACUAUCUGGAGUUGAAUACCUAAAGGACGGCGAGGAGAAGGAUAUUCCGUGUAUCCAGCAAGAUCACAGUAGCCGUGUUCAGUGCACAAACGGAAAACUAUUUUAUAACAAGUGUGCUGAAAAGGCGGGUUCUGCAGAGGUAGAAACUGCUGCAGGAAACGCAACAUCCACUGAGAAUGGGGCACAAACUGAAGGUGGAGCUGUGCACGUGGGGGACAGAUUACAGCUACUGCCAGAGUGGCUAAGCCAGUGGAUGAAGGUAGCAGAGCAGAUACUGGGCACAGAGGCUCCACAAUCAGAGAAGCAGGCGGGGGACACACUACAUCAACUGGCAGUGGGACACAACCUGCAGGUGGAGCCCACAGGCUCGUCGAACACCUCUGGCUCAAAUGAAAGCGACAGUAAACCUCUAAUCACAUCAGAGACAUUCUGUGUCAUAGAUCCUGCUCAGUAUCGUGUGCAUCGUGUUCGGUUGUCUGGAGUUGAAUAUAUAAAGGAAGGAGAGAACAAGCAUAUUCGAUGUAUUUGGCACGAUUACAGCAGCCAUGUCAAGUGUACUAAUGGAAUACUACAUUAUACACAGUGUUGUCAGCGUUAUGACCAUCUGCGGGGAGUUUGCAGGUAUUACACAGUAUGAGAAUCACUGCUGGAACAACAACAAAAGCCAAGUUGGAUACUUUUGUACUUUCUCCACCAGAAAACAACACCCCAAAAAAAUGAUGUCACAUUUGAUUUUCUUGUUACUGAUUGUUGUUCAACAGUCAGCUUUAAUCUUUUUGUGACUAAUACUUUAAAUAAAAAUAAAGUUCAUGUAGUUGCUGGAAAAAUGUUCACCAUA